AUGUCUUCGUCUGCGUUUGCGACUCCGGGUCUCCCUCCCGCAGUCUCGAUUUCGGGGCAUCCGACGCGGUGUACGUACACCCCGUUCUGGAGUCCGCAGAGCGCGCCAGCGGGGUUUUUGACACAGGGCAGUUGGGCGGGGAGCUCCGUUGUGUCGCGGCUCGCCUCCUUUCCGUCUUCAGCCGCGCUCUUUGCCUCGUUCCUCCGCGAACAGUCUCUUUUCGAGGAGAAACACGCUCUCGGCGCGAGUGUCGCCCCCUCUCACCGCCGGCGGGUUCGCCAGGUGAAGGUCGGCGGACGGGGGCCCUCCAAGAAGACCGCGAGAGGAGGCCACCGAAAGGGAGAGAGUGACGAGGGCGGCGAGCCGGCAGCCUCGAGCGUGGGCGCCGGCGCGUUCUCCGUUGGCAGGCGCUUCCUCAAAAGGGAAGUUGUGAACGCCCUAGACGCUGCAUAUUUCUAUGACCUAUUCGAGGGCGAACCCCUCGCCGCGGCCGAGACGCAGAGAUGGUGCCGCUGCGCGCCAGCCAGAGGGUCGUUUCACGAAGAUUCUGAAGACGAGGAGGUCCUGGUCUGCUCGCCCGCAGAUGCAGCCGAAGGGCGCGGGAGGACAGGCCGGAAGCGGUCGCGCGACCCGCGCCCUCGGAGCCUCGACGGCCGCGGGCGCGAAGGAGACUCCCCGGAAGACUCUGAACGCGAGUCAGAUGCCUCCAACUCCGACCAGGCACUCCGAAUUCGAGGACCCCUCGCGCCUGUGCCGCCCGAUUCUUCUGAGUCUGCGCGCCCACGUCCUUCGCGAUGCGAGGUCUACCGGCAGCGUCUCGCGCGCGCGUCGUGCGAGGGCGGGCGCGUGGCGCUGCCGCUGCUGCUGACGCCUUUUGGCCCCAGGCUUGACGCGCUGCAGCUUUCGGCACUGCGCUGCGACGUCGCGGACGCAGGCUUCCUGUCCCUCGGCUCGGGCUCGAAGCGUGCGCGACCCCAAGAGACGCGCCGACCGCGCCGUCUCGACAAGCGCAGCAGGCGAGGGCCUGCACGCGCGACGCUUGGAGAGGACGGAGACUUAAGCGAGGAGGAGAGCUCGGGCGACGACUUUUGCUUGCCGCGAGAGGCCGACUCCGACGCCUCCUGCGCUGACCACGAGGGCGCCGAGACGCCUCAGAGUGCGCGGGCGCACAGAGGGGCGCGGCGCUCGCCUGUCGCGCCUGCCAGUCGGUGCAGUUUCUUCAGACGCCCAGGCUUCGGGGCGGCGGCCGUCCGCAUGCAGCCGCGGCGCCUCCUUGAGUUUCGGCCGCGGGCGUUCUGGAGUGACGCCAGCGAGGGCGACGACUCCGGCGAGCGUGGACACGGCCUCCCGAGGCCCGCUAAGCCCGCGAGGCGCGUCACUGAGAGGACGCUGGUAUCCGGGGGGGUCGAGGAGGGCGCCGGAGACGGGGCGGCGCGCGCGUCGUGUCGGCAUCUGCAGCUGCCGUCGCCCUCGGCAUCGUUCUGGUAUUCGGCGCCGAGCUCGCUGCGCGGCCGAGAGGCCGCGCGGCGGCGGCGCGAGGCGAUUGCGAGAGGCCUCGAGGAGGAGCAGCGGGACGAGAGAGCGGCGGGCAGGCGGCUGUUGGAGGUCAGAGUCGACGACAAGCAUCCACUCAGGAAGUGGGUUUUUGCGCGGAACAGCGCGGGCGUCGCGCUCGGCGCGCUGCGGCUCGAGGAGAGCGAGGAACUCACGAGCGCCGCUGAAGAUGAAGAUGAUGCAUCGGGUCAGGAGGCUCCACGGCAGGCGCAGCGGGUCACGCAGAGAGGCGUAGUGCAGACACUCGUUUACGAGCACCUCGUGGACAUAAAGUAUGGCGGCCGAAAGCGCCUCGAGGGGCUCCCCUCAGCCGUCGAUCCACGCGCCGCCGCUGCCGCACGCGACCGUCCCCGCCACGAGGCGACCCCCGCGUCGUCGUUGCGGCCUCAUAGCGUCUGCAGGUCAUGUGGGUGCCCUGUUCGUCCCUCGUCGCACGGGAGAGAGGCUGCCGCGCGCGCAGAGCCCUCUGCGCGGUCGUCUGCGGCUUCGUGCCCGUUCGUCGCGCCGCUGCGGAGUUGGUGGGCGCCGGGCGAUUUCGUAGUGAGCGCCUCGUGGAGCGGCGCUGACAGCGGCGAGCUCGCGAUGCUCAGCGCCGACCAGACUGUGAAACUCUGGCGCGCGGAGCGCCCCGCCGAGGUGUCGGCGUCUUUUGUCCUGCCGUCGGCGGCGACCGCCCUGCGCGGAGACGCCCCUGCCGCCGCGACCGCGUUGGGCUCCAGUCAGGCUCGCGCGACGGGGCGCCUGCGGUGGAGCCGGACCGACGCGUCCGAAGAGGCGAUUCAGAGUCUCGCGUUCGACCCCCACUCGCCCAGCUCCCUUCUGCUCGCCGGGCAGUGCCUGUGGAGGCGCGACCUGCGAACGAAGGCAUCUCUGCUGCGUCUGUUUCCGGCUCCCGCGCCGACGCCGCCCACAUACGGGGCAUGGCCAUACCGCUUGACGUCUCUCUUUUCUCUGCGCUGGAAGUCGCCGAGCCUCUUCUCGGCGUUCUCCUGUCUGGCGCCACAUCCGCGGCACCCGACGCUUCUCGCGACAGUGCACGGCGCCUCCGACUCUCUUCUCCUCUUCGAUCUCCGCGCCGCGCACGCGCCUCUCACGCGGCUGACGCUGCAGGCGUCCAGCAACCUCCUCGGCGCGCGAUACCGCAGCCUUCAGUGGAUGUCCCACACGUCUGCUUCUUCCUCGGCUCUGUCGUCUCUUCCACACACGGCUGCGCUCUCUCCUUCCUCGACGUUUGAUCUCCUCUCUGCGUUUUGUUGGCGCAGCGCAGACGUCGUGGUCUCUUCCUUCCGCUUCUCGGCGAACGCGCUCGCGCCCUUCCCCAGCCCCGCGGAGGCCCUCCUCUCUCCCGAGGAGCGCCGUUUCCUCGGGGUCGAGGGCCCCGCGGCCUCGUCAGGGGUCUCGGCUUAUAGUCGGGCAAAGGGCGACCGCUGCUGCAGCGCCGGCGUGGAGGACGACGCGCGGUGCGAGCGGCGCCUCCCGCACGGCCGGGGAAGGAAGCGGGUGGAAGCGGGGCUGGCGGCCGGCGACGCAGGGCUCGACGAGAGCGGAGCUGAAGAGGCGGAGGAAGGACGGCAGAUGGACAGGAGCUCCACGGCCUCUUCUCACGAGGCGAGUCGGCGGAAGCGAAGGCGCGGCGCGCAGAACGGCGAGGGGCCCGCGGGUCAGGCGCUGCCGGCGGUCUGGGGCUGCCGUGCGAUGCGCGAUGACCAACUCGAAAUCUCGUGGCAGGUGGACGUCCCGCUGUUCGCAGGUGGGCACACGCCGGCAGACAGCCGCCGGCGCUUUCCACUGACGGCGUUUCCAUCGUUCCAGGCCCAUAGGCUGGCGGCGAUUCCCUCCUACAAGGGGAAGCCGCGCUUCGCCUUUUCCCGUCCCGCGUCCGCGCUCACCGACGAAGACGCCGUCGCGUCUUUCUUCUCCGGCUGGGCAGGUGUCCUGCUGCUCAAGUUCGCGCUCCCUCGCCGCGCCCUCGAUUUCGGUGCCCUUCCUUCUUCCUCCACUGCGUCUGCGCGGCUGCCUGCGCCUCCACCUCGCUCGCCGCAGGAGGAGGCGGCCGCAGCGUCUGCCGCUCCGUCGCCGGCGCGGGGGGCCUCGGGUGCCGCCGCCCCGCUGCUGGGCAGCCCUCGCGGCGACGGCGCUGCCGUCUGGGCCCUCGUCGGGCUCACGGCCUCCGGCUUCCUCCUCGCACGGCCGCUCCUCCUGCUGCCGCAGGCCCCGCCGCACCUGCUGCGGCGGAAAGAAGUCGCUCCAAACGCCGAGCGCGGGAAGGAGCCUUGCGCUGAAGGUGCUCAGCCGGCGGAAAACACGCGCGCCCUCACCUCCGCAUGCUCUAAGGAGAGACAAGAGGCCGCGGGGCCCUCUGGCUCCUCGGCGUCGUCCGCUCCAACGUCAUCCCGCGACUCGCUCGACACGUCUGCGUCUCGGCGGGCUGCGGCUGCCUCUGCGUCGUAUUCUCCCUCGUCCACGAUCUCCAGCACAGCGUUCUGCGCGCACCAGGGAUGCCUGCCCGCCCUGCCUGCGCUGUGGCAGCCGCCUGGCGCAGAUGGGGGGGCCUCGACGCGAGCCUACGGCGUCCUGCUCGCGUCGCUGGCCGACCGCAUGCGGCCCGCCGCCGCGGCGGCGGACUCUGGCGCCGCCGCUCCGCCUCUGCACGCGCCACUCCGCGGCCGGCGGCGCCGCGGGGGGGCGCUCGCGCUGCGGGAUCGGGCAGUUCUGCUUUUCCAUUCGGCGGCGCUCAUGCAGCGCGCGGCGACCCUUCUCGAUGCGCGGCGCCGCGAGGGAGCGGCUCGCGCACGUGGACUCGAGGGCUGCCCAAUUGACGCGGAGCGCCGCGCCGAAUCUUCCCCGCGAGGCGACAGAAGAAGCGCUGCACACGCGCACAAAGCGGAUGCAGCCGGCCCUGCUGCCGCAUCUGCGGCCGCGUCUGUUAUUAGGAUGGAGCCCGCAAGUCAGCUUCCCGACGCGCUCGCGCCGACGUCCGCAGUUGCGCGCGCGUGGGGUGGCUUGGAGCGAACCUGGUACCGGCCCGUAAAGGCCCUGCGCUUUCUCCUCUCGCGGCACUCGCUACACGAGGCUGCGACAAGUGCGCUGCUCGAGCUCGGCGGCCUAGCGCCUGGCGAGAGGCUGGACGAUUCCGCCUCCGCCAGCCCGUCUGCUCCCCACCACGCAGGUCCUCCGCAUGCCGUUCCAUCGCUGGCGCGGCUCGUGGGCUCGCUGCCGCUGCUGGCUGUGCAGCCUUUUUUAAGCGAGGAUUGUGGGAGUGGCGGCAACAGCGGCGGGUGCGCGCAGGAGGGCGCAGCCGAAGCCGCAGAAGUCGCAGAAGGCGCAGAGGCGGAGGAGGGAGGAGACGAGGGCGCGCUGACAGUGCAUGAGAUUGAGGGCCGUGUGCGUAUGCUUCUAUUCGUCACUCGCGUCGCCCUGCGGGAGCUCGACGCGCUGCGGCAGCGAGGCCUAGAGCGCGCGGAGGCCGCGGCGGCCAGGGCGCCAGAAGCCGCGCGAGCGGCGACUGGGCGAGGCGACGAGGGAGACGCCGCGAGCCUGCAACUCGCUUGCGCGGACUCGUCCCCAGGGCGGAGGCAUCACGCCACCGCCGGGCACAGGCCCGAGGGGAGCCUGCAGCCGUUUCCCUACAGACGCCUUUUCGCCUUUCUGCGGCAGGAGGCGGGCAAGAUGCGGCGCACACUUCAGCUCGGCUGGGAGGCGAGCGUGGCGUACCUGUGCUGCGAGCGCGCGCGCCGGCCUCUGCCCUUGGAUCAUGGACUUGAGGAGGCUGCGGCCGCCAGCCCGGCGACCGCAGAGGGGCCCAGAGACUCGCCAGCAGGUGGCCUCGGGCACCACCGCCGCCGCCGCAGCCAGCAAGGCGGUGAAGCCGAGGCAGGCGCGCGCGCAGCCUCAGGACGACAGAGGGAGGUAGAGGAAGAAGACGGCGAAGUGCGCUCUGUGUCUGUCCUGUUUCCCUGCUGCGGGGGGAGCGCCUCUCGCGCGUCUGCGCCCUCCGCCCUCGACCGCUACCGCCUUCCGGCCUCGCGGACCUCCGGCUCCAGCCGCCUGGCGGACGCUCAGGCAGUCGUCGCUGUGCGGAAUCCGCUCUUCGCGCCCGUGCCCGGCUGCGCGUGUGACCUCUUUGACUGCCUCUUCGCGCGUCCGUCCUCCUCCAUCUGGCGUGCCGAGAUGGCGCGCCGCGCGUCACCCGUAGCGGCUCCGCGCUGCCCGUCGGAUGCGGCGCCCUACGAACCGAUGAACGCCUACGUGGAAACGCUGAGGCUGCUGCAGGCGCAGCUGAGCGCCUGCGGGCGCGCGCGAGCCGUGGCGUCCUCGCAGACGCCGGGCCUGUCUUCGGGGGCUGUCUCUCGCGGCGGGGACGAGGCCGCCACGGAGGCAGAGAGACAGGCGGCGGAGGCGGAGGCGACGGCGCUGGUGCCCCUUGGCGUCGUCGACGCCCUCGCGCUUGAGCUCUUUCUGCAGCACGACGUGCUGCUGCUGCCGGAGCCUGCGGCGGCGGCGGCGUCUGCCGCGGCCUCGGACGGGGUAUCGCUCGCGCGGGCGCGGCCGCCUGUGCUGCGUCCUGCGUGUGCGCGGACGUCGUUUUGCUUUCUGCCGUUUGUGCUGUCUUUCCGCGCGUUGGCGCCGCUGCUGGCGGAGGAGAAGGCGCUCGCGCGUGUCCUCUACGCCCAGCCUUGGGAGCGCAUCCUGGCGAAGAUUCAGCGCCUGCAGCAGGAGCGGCAGGCUGAGCUUCUUCACGAGCUCUUUGCGCCCUUCCCAGACGUCCCUGUGGACGCGCCGCAGCUGCCGGCGCCUCUGCGCGCGCGCCCGCCGCCCCACACGGUCGCGGCGCUUCAGGGCCGCCGCGGGCUCCAGCGUCUCCUCACGGGCCUAGGUGUGUCUGACGCGACCGUCGCCUACCUCCUCAAGCGCUGGACGCUCACGACCGAGAGCCUCACAGCAGGCAGCCAGGGCGCGGAGCUGCCUGACGACGGCGCAGACGCGCGCAGCGCCAGCGUGACAGACGACGAGCGCGAGGCCGACCGCGAGAGGGCGUCUCCGCCCUCUUGCGAAGGCCUCCUGGACGAAGACCUGCGGCAGGGGCGCGCAGUGCUGGCGACGCUGUCGCGGCUUCUGCGAGAGCUCGAGGAGAGGAAAAGGGCCUUCUCGCUCGUCUUCCAGCGAAGCGACCCCGCCGCGCUCAGCUCGCGCGACCUCCAGGAGGAACGCGACAAACAACGCGCCGCCGAAAUCCUGCUCGCCUCCCUGCGCAGCGCUGGCGCACGCGUGGUCUAA